UGCAGGAGCGUUGUCCUAUUCAUGACCAAAACAUGAAACUUGUAUCAGUAACGACAGCACGAUUGAUUCCCAGGAACCGAGGAUUCCAUUUUCCUCAACCUCUUCAUUUCUCUUUUUUUUUUGCUCUAUCUCUAUUUUGGUGACGAUGAAGGAUCAUUGUUCACGAGAGAUGGCCGGAUUGGGCAUUAUUGUCUUGUUUUCUUGCUCCUAUCUCGAUUUUCAUCUUUGCUCGGCGAUUGGUCCAAGUGAAUUGGCCCAUGGGGUCGAUGGCGUUGGUCAUGGGAUAAAUGGCAUAUUUUCUUGGUUUCGGAGCGAGCGUGUGGUCGGUGACCACGUGGCGCAGGCGUUACAAUUGGCAUGGGAGCACAUGUCGGAUGUCAAGGAUCAUAAGGCGGCAGCAUUCAUGGAAGCCACAGGCAAGGGGAGAAUAGGCGCGUAGCUAAGAUGGCGAGAAUUGAGUGAUAUUGAGAAGCUGAAACACAUGGGCCUGUGCACCAGUGCUUGUCGACCUGGUGAUAAUUGAUGUUAUUCUAAGCUUUGUG